AUGCCUGACUCUGAGGAGGAAUACUUCUCAGUUAACUCCCGCUCUCCCUGGGAAGCGCUAACUCCUUCCCCCUCUCCUUCUGGUGUGUCAGAUGGGGACUCGGCUGGCCGACUGGCACCCGAGAUUGAGGAGGAUCGUCAGGGCAACGUCGAGUACAAGCUUAAAUUGCUCAGCCCGACACCCGAACGUUUUAUGCGCCUUGUCACUCAAAUGAAGUGGCGUUUGCUGGCUGGUCAAGGGGAAGCUCUCUACGAAAUUGGCGUGUCCGACGUUGGUAUACUUGUCGGACUUACUCGCGAGGAGCUCGAUGAGUCCCUUGGUACGCUUGAGCGCAUGGCAGAGGAACUUGGGGCCACCGUUAUCGUACAAAAAGAAAUAACAAUCCCAGCCACAUCUGGUUUUGGCGAACGUCCCUUGGCGCUUUCAGGGGAGACUUCAGGUUCUGUGGCACUUGGGGACACCGGUCUCCUAGGAACAUGGUUCGGGGCAGAUUCCAGCUAUAGCUCGGAUGAACUUGGGUCCUGGAACCGCCGCACUGCUCCACUUUCAUUGCGGGGCAUGGAAGACGACGGAGCGACCGGAUCCGUAGGGCGCGGCGUUCCUCGUCCUAUCAUUCGAAGGUUUCCUUAUGGGCAAGGACCACGUUUCGGGUUCAAGCGUGAUACACUGCCUUUGCGUCCCGAUGGGGGUUCCGCUCAUCCCACGCCAUCUUCGAAGUCACCCAGUACAAAUACAACAGAUGUUGAUUCGGAAGCAGAUGAUGAUGCUGCCUUUGCUUUUGACCUGGAUAUCAACAGUUUUGCGUCCACUCCACCUCCACCUAGCAUUUCAUCCAAUCCCCUCCCUCAACCUAUACAUCCCGCAAAGAAACUGUUGGCUCCUAUUGACCCACAGGCGAAGGCUCUUGAGAGGCGAUCAAGGAGUGAUGAGAGGCGUGAGGGAAAGAAAAAAACGCUAGCUACGAUGGGCCAAAAUGUUGCUCCCUCCGACACAAUUGCUGUUCAACCUGCAGUUGGCAACAAUUUUCAGCUCCCUUCUACGAAAUGCAGGCCAAACAAGGCUGCCGACCUAUCUACAGGACGUAGUGGACAAUCCCGUGCAACGGAUGUCUCCUUCGCACCGCGAUACAUUGCGGAGGCUCUUGUCCUUCGUAAGGCUGUGCUUGAAGAGUCUGACACUGUCAACGUCGAGUUGGAUUUAUCGGCUUUGGACUUUGGAUUGGAGGCUAGUUGA